AUGUCAUCACACGGCACUGUUUAUCGUGAUCCUUAUCGCGAUUGGGACGAGCCUCGUUCCUCUUCCUACUCGGUUAAGCGUUACGUCAUUCCGCCAGAGGAGGAUCGCAACCUGGUUGUUCGACGACCCCGUGAUUGGGACGAGCGCUCUGGAAUGGAAGAUGAGUUAGACCCGCGCAUUUACGGUGACCUGCGAUAUGAUGACCCCUACGAACGUGAGUACUAUCGCUAUACCCGGUUUGAAGACAGCCUCCCCUCGCCGGUCUACCCCCCUGCUCCCAUUAUCAUUUGCGAAGGUCAGCCAAUAAUAAUCCAUGAAUCUCGAGGUCCAGCUUACGCCAGCCCACGCACUUCCGGUUACGAUGUUGCCCCACGACCUGAACAUGAUCGGGAUCCUGGAUACUAUUAUUACCGUCGUGUUCGCGAGUAUGACGAUGACCGUCGUGCUCGUCACGAGCUCAGGCCUGACGACUCCUUGUCUCAGCGACCUCGCCGUCGUGAUGAUCGGGACUACAGUGACUAUAGCCGCGCUACGUCUCGUGCUUCGUCUCGUGAACGGGAUGAGCACCCGAAUCACAGGCGUCAUAUGGCCGAGGGCGCUGUUGUUGGUGUCGCGGCGGCAGAAAUGCUUCGCAAACGAAGCAAGAGGCACGGGGAUGAUGUGUCGAAUGGUGCUGGUCGGGUCGGCCGAGACGUCGGCGCUGGUGCCCUGGGUGCCGUCGCCGUAGAAGCCGGCUCGCGGGCCAGAGACUACUACCGUAGUAGAAGCCGGCACCGCUCUCGUUCUCGUGCUCGCGAUGACGAUGAUCGAAGCUCUCGAAGGUCUCAUCACAGUCACCACCAUCGCCGUCGUCGCAGCCACCACCAUCGCCGUCGUCAUAGUCAUUCGCACGGCAGUCGCAGCCAUGCCCGUUCUCGCUCUCGCACCAAGACCCUUGCCGGCCUGGGAAUUGGCGCUGCUGCUCUUGCUGCUGGUGUGGCUUUGGCAAACAAGAACAACAACUCAAAAGACGACCGUCGCAGCCGCUCACGCCGCCGUCGCUCAUCUCGCUCGCGCGCACCAAGUGAGAGUGAUGACCACCAUCGCAGUGAGUCCCAGAAACGCAAGCACAUGGCAGGUGCCGGCCUGGCAGGUGCUGCGGCCGCUGGUCUCAUAGACAGACAUCACAGUCAAUCGCGUUCUCGGAAGGGUGAUCGCUCCCGUUCCCGCAGCAAAGUGCGUAAAGCACUCCCCAUUGUGGCGGGUGGCUUGGGUACCGCCGCUGCUACUGGACUCUAUGAGAAGAAUAAGGAUAAGCGGGACAGGUCCAAGCACAGGGAACGACGGAGGUCGUCGUCCCGUGACAGGUCCCCGUCAGAUGUGUACCCCGACCCCUCGAGGGAUUCGGCUAAUUUAAUCGAGUACGGCGAUCACCCUGUUCACGGCAGCAUCCCACCGGCCGACUAUUAUGGUCGUCGUACACCUUCUCCGGGUUAUUACUCUGAUGCCUCGGACCCUGUCGCACGUGAUGCUGCCGGAUUUACCCCCAGCCCUCCAAGAAACCGCAGUUACAGCCGCAGCCGCAGCCGGGGCGGCAGAUACAGUGACGAAAGCUACUCCGACUCAGAGCCUAGCCGAAGCAGGUCAAGACCUCGUCCUGCUCUCAAGGACCCAGACGUGGACAGAGAACGACUCCGCUUUGAAGACGAGGUUCAUGAUGAUCCCUAUGCAUCUCAUGAUCCGUAUGACGGGCCUCAGAACUACAUGCCCUACCCGCCCUCUCCGCCUGCCCCCAAGCCGAUCGACAACCAGUACCACCCCAAUCCCAAUUACUACCCGCCACCUCCAGGUCCUGGUCCUCAAUAUGGGGCAGACCCACGACCAUACCCUCCUGCUGAUUACGCCGGCCCGCCCCCGCCUGGGGCGCGUCCACGCCAGUAUCCCCCUCCUCCAGGACCAGGUCCCUAUCCCCCUCCCGGACCGGGUCCCUAUGCCGCUCCUCCUCGGAGGCCAGAGCAUGUGAGUACAGCACGAAACUCUCACCCCCACAAAACCCGAUCUGCGUCCAAUGGCUUAAAGGAUGUCUACACUCCUCCCGAGACGCCGCGACGGCAGGGGUUCCAUCCCCGUAGCCAGUCUCCGCGGCAUAAAUCAGUAGCUUUUGACCUGGGUUCGGAUUCAGGCCGUCAUCCGGAACCUGGUUAUGAAGCGGAUGACAGUGACUCGACUGAUGAUUCCCGUUAUCAUUCCCAUCAUUUUUCACGCAGUCAUUCUCCUCCCCCUUUCAAUGAUAAUGACAAAUCUCGGUCCUCCCCAAGUUCCGACUCUGAUUCAAUAAUUGACCUUCCCGAUCGAUUCGACUCGCACGGCCGACUUCUGACGGAGGGUGAACGUGAACAACCACUGGGAAAUUCAAUGCAGGACAUGCUUGACGGAAUGUUUUCUUAG